AUGGGCGAUUCUCAGUACGGCUAUACUGGUGUUGGAGGUGGUGGAGGAGGCGGAGGGUACGGCAAUGCUCAAGGUUACGGUCAACCACAAGCCGGUCAAUGGGGAGGUAAUCAGGGUUAUGGCGGCGGCCCCGGCAUGCAAGGCGCUGGAGGAUUCGGUCAGCAACAAGGUUACGGCCAAGGAGGUGGCGGCGGCGGUGGAGGCUACGACCAAUCCGGCGGAAAUUAUAAUUCCGGCGGUGGCCGAGGCAAUUACGGUCCUCAAGGAGCUAAUAAUUACGGUGGUGGAAUGGGAGGAGGAUCAGGCAAUAGUUACGGUGGUGGUGGUGGAGGAGGUGGAGGCUAUGGUGGAGCUGGUGGUUAUCCCGGUGGUGGCGGCGGAUAUGGAGGUGGAGGAGGAUUCGGUGGAAAUACCGGCAAUAGCGGAGGCUACGGCGGCUCUGGAGGUUAUGGCGGUGGCGGAGGCGGUUACGGAGGAGGAAGUGGGAGCGGAGGAGGAGGAGGAGGUGGGGGAGGUUAUGGGGGAGACUUGAUUGAACAGGUCGACACGGUUUUCAUUUCCGGUAUGCCCCCCCACGUGACCGAACUUGAAAUCGAACAGCAUUUCGGAGCCAUCGGAUUGAUAAAAAAAGACAAGAAAACAAUGAAACCCAGGAUUUGGAUAUACAAUGAUAAAGUCACUGGAAAAUCCAAAGGAGAAGCCACGGUUACCUACGAUGAUCCGAAUGCGGCGAGGUCUUCGAUCGAUUGGUUUAACGGAAAAGAUUUUAAGGGUGCUAUUAUCAAAGUUCAAAUGGCUACUCAAAAGUACAAUUUCGGAUCAGGACGAGGAAGAGGUAGAGGUGGACCAAUGGGUGGCGGUGGAGGUGGUGGUGGUGGUGGUGGUGGAGGUCGAGGAGGAGGAGGUGGCGGCGGAGGCGGUGGUGGAGGCGGAGGAGGUGGCGGUGGCGGUGGUAAAGGAGGAUUCGGAAGAGACGGAGAUUGGAAAUGCACGAAUAUAAGUUGCAGUAAUACUAAUUUUUCAUGGAGGCAACUCUGUAAUAGAUGUGGUGAAAAUAAACCAAACGGUCCAGGCGGCGGUGGGGAUGGUGGUCCCGGAGGAAGAGGAGGUUUCGGGGGACGACCCGGAGGCGGGAGAGGAGGACCGGGAGGAGGACGAGGGGGUGGAGAUAGAGGGUUUAGAGGUGGCGGUGGCGGAGGUGGCGAUCGUAGAGGACCUCCUGGACGAGGCGGUAGUUCGGGAAGAGGAAGAGAUCAAAGAAAUCGACCUUAUUAA